AUGAACAAUAACAAUUAUUUUACCAUUAAUAACAAGAAACCAUAUAACAAUAAUCAUCAUAAUAGUCAUAUUUCUGCCAUACAAGCACAUUUAUCGCAAUUCUUUGGGUUUAAUACGAGUUCUAAAGAAAAAUAUACACAUGAUCUUGAAAACAAGUGUAGACAUAAUUCGAAUGAUCAUUUAGAACAUGAAUAUAAAUCUAGAUUACCUUAUUCAUUUUCUGUUUCUCAUGAAAUAUUACCUUUCCAACCUACUUCAUUAUUUUUACCAACUAUUACUGAUCUUUUAAAAAGUAUGUCAAAAAAUCAGAAAAUUUGCUUAUUCUUUGGUUUUUUUCACUUUAUAAUUGCAUGUUUAAUAUGGAAUUUCAAAUAUGCACCAGUUUCUUCAACAACAUUAGGAUCUAUUAUUAUGUAUGAUGCUAUUAGUAUGUUAUUUACAUUUUUUUUGGAUAUUUACAGUAAUUUUGAAAUUUGGUAUGCAAAUACAGUAAAAUAUCCUUUUGGUUUAAAAAGAGUUGAAGUUCUUGGAAAAUUUUCAAUAGCAGUAUUUUUAUUAUAUAUGAGUAUGAAUUCUUUUAAAAAAAUCAUAGAAACAAGUCUCUUGGGUCCAUUUUCUAACACUGAUGUUUUAAAAGAAUCAAAAUCCAUGCAAGUUUUAUGGAGUUUUUCUCCCGUAAUUAUUAUAAUUUCUAUUAUUAUUACUAUUAUUUCAAUUGUUCAAUUUAAUAACCAUUAUCAAUUAGCCAAAGAGAUAGGUAUAUUUCCGUCGUCGAAAAUGCUUUAUACAUUUUUAAAUCCUUUUUAUUUAAAAUCACUUUUACCUUUAUUCAUUUUUUUUUUUAUGACCAUAACUUCACUUUCUACAAUAAAUACUUUUGAUAAAUACAUAUCAUUAUUAUUCCAAAUACCGACAUGCAUUUUAGAAUAUAUUGUCAUUAAAAAAUUGGGUAGAAUAUUAAUACUGUCGUUUCCCAGUGAUAAUGUUCAUAAUUGUAUAAGCAAGCUUGAAAAAGGAACACUAAUUCAUUCAAUAAAAUUAGCAAAUAUUUGGCAACCAUAUUUCUCAUUUUAUAUAGCAAAUUUUAACAUAACAACUAAAAGCAAUGAAAGUAUGAAUUUUGAAAUUCAAGAAUUUAUAAACAAUGUUUUAUAUCAGGAAUUUGGGAAAAUGAUAAACAAUAAUGAAACUGAAAAUAUUUGGGAAAUCAAUGUUUCUAUCGAAAAAGUAUAA